GUUUUUAUUCACUUAAUUGAGCAUUGAUUUGAACAGGUUUUAGGCCGAGAGAGAAAAAAAUUGCAAGUUCUAAUGCACAUGCAAAACUGCAGUCUCGUAUUAGAUAUACAAAAUACAUUAGCGCUCUGUUUACCAUUUUAACAAUUUGUGAUUCAAUUUCAAGCUUUGAUUUUCUAUUGCUUGUAUUAUUUUUCACAGAUACAUAGCUACACGCUGAAUAUCAAAUUUUAAUAUAUGUACUCGUUCUCUUAAAUAAUAUCAUAUUGGCUUGUCUACUUUCAGAAGUACCACGUGCUGUAUCCGUUAACUUUCGAAAUCUUUUUUUUUUGAAACUUUAUUCGAUGUUCGAAAAUUCGAAAAUCACGCUUUAAAAAUAAUUUUCUUUAUUUUCAUUUUGAAAAAAUUACUUUUUGUCGAUUUCUCAUAAUGUUUGGCGAUAUAAUUAAAUAGAUAUCAAUGGAAAAGUUGAAAAUUGCCAAUUUUGUUAUUGAGAUAAGAAAAAAUUUGAGGUCUGGUAAUGUUUUUAUUAAAUUCAACGAGAAACUAGGCAGUGUAACAACGAAGGUGCUGCUUAAAUCUAAUGAAAUAGUAAUUAAAAUAGACGAUGAGGAAUAUACGAUUGAGACUGCAGAUUAUUUCCAUAUUAAUGUUCAAUCAUUCUAUAAUUUGCUAGUUAAGGAUCAUUUCAUUAGUUUUCGAUUCAUUACUGAUGAGAAUCAAUUUAAUUCAGAGCUCAUAACAACAAAUUUAGGCAGUGGAAUCAACUAUGAGAAGUUAAAAUUGAGCAUCAGUAAUGAAGACGUCAAAGUUACAUGUUCUAAUUGUGAUUCAUUGCUUACAAUUGAAAAAGAUGUGAAUUUUAAGCGUAUUUUGGAGCUUCCAUCCAGUAGUAUGGCAAUAAGUGAUUGGUUUUGUCACCUUCAUGAUGGAGAUAAAAUAUUUAACAAUCCAGAACAUUGCAACAAUAAUCAUGUGAAUGACAAGGAAUGCUUCAAUGAAGAAACUCAAGUGUUUAAGCCAAAGAUUAAUGAUAUAUUCUAUGGACCAUUUCAUCUACUGCUAAGUUCUCAACUAUUGGAGAUGAAUCGUUUACGCCCCAAAAAAACUGUACCCAGUUUGAUGCAUUGCAAGAGAUGCUUACAGUUGAUGUGUAAACGAAGUGGAAACUCAUGCCUAACAUUCUGGUGGGAGAAUGUCAAAUUUAAUGGUAAAUAUCUAUAUAACGGUAUUUCUUCACCAAUUGAUUUGGUCAAGAAAGUCAUUUCUAAUCAUUUGUCCUGUGAUAGUCUCUCGUUUUUAUCGCCAAUUAUAAAAAUAAUUUUUGAAUCAGUAAAUCCAAGUACGGGACAAAAAAUGCACAUUCUACUCCAAAUCAUGGACAAAAAUUUAAAGUUGCUAAAGCUUAAUUUAGAAAGCUUUAAAAUAAUGGAAGUUAAAACAAUUAAAGUAAUGUAUUUAAAUUUAAAUCAUUUAAAUUCUGACGACGAUGAAAGAACAUUAAAAUAUUGGCAAAAAGAUAUUAACACAAUGACUUUUGAGUUCUCAUUCAAAAUGUUUCAUUUAUUCACGGAAUAUUUGGACGAGCAAUCAUCAACUAUUCCUGAAAUGUAUCGUUUUAAUAAUUCCUUUCAAUUAAGCUAUAUUGAAAUUGUUUAAAUACUUUUUUUUUUUUUAUUUUUUAUACUAAUUUAAUUAAUGAGAGAGACAUGUACGCUUGUUAAAAAUUAAUGAAUGAACGAUUCCUUGAAUAAAUCAUAUACUAUUAUUUUUUGAAUAUCAAAU